CAUCCUUAUGCUAUCUGAGAAUUUCACUGAGAAGCCUUGUUCCUACUCCCUUGAAUUCUACUAGUUCAUCUUCUGUCUAUUCCUCUUGCGAUUCAACUGUGAUUAUAUUUUGUGAUUCCAUGAAAAUUUGGUUAUUUUGGUUAAGAUAG